AUGGAUCCCGAUGGCUCUGGCGACGCUCAGGGCUACCCGGCGGCUCCGCCGCUGCCCCAGCCCCCGUCCCCUCCCUCGGCCCCCAGCCGCUCGCUGGUGCCCUCCCCGCCCGCACCGCCGUCGACUCCCCCCGCCGCCCCGUCGCGCGUGGUCUGGGCGGACCUCGCUGAGGCCGACGACCUCGCCGCGGGGCGCCCCGUCGUUUGCCGCGACCGCGUCCCUCCCAAGGCUCCUGCCCGGCCGCCUCGGUCUGAUCCUGCCGGUGGCCUUACUCCCAGGGGUGGGAGUUCGGCUGCCCGCGGGGCUGCCCGGCGCCGGCGCCAGCCCUCGGGCGCGUUUCAGUCGGCGGCGGAGCAAGGUGCCCCCUUGGGCUCGGGUUCUCGCCCUCGGGGGCGCCGCUUCGGAGGAUGGGGUGUCGCCGGCCGUGCCGACCGCGGCCUCACGAGCUCUUCCUGGAGGUCCUCUGCGACGGCAUCGUCCUCCCCUGCCCCGGCCUGCGCUCCGGCAGCGUCCUCGACGGCGCUUUCGACGGUGGUCUCCCGGCUGUCCCCCUUUCGCCCUUUCAUCUCGGCCUUCGGCGCCGCCGUCCCACCGCCUCCCGGUGCUCAGCGCGCCCCGUCCUGGCCCCGCCGCCCCGCCCUGCCCCGCCGGCGACCACCGUGGCGGCGCUCGGGGAAACCCUCGCCCCUCGCCUGGUCUCCCCGGGCUGGUCCUACUGGGCCGCGCUCGUCUCGGGCCGUCUAG